AUGCCCAACAAGCUGUUUUGCCAUGUGUAUGAGGACGUCUCGGUGUUCUCCACACCGGGGAGGCUGUUUAUUAGAGCUGGGGCGACGCGCUUUGGUUCCGAUUCGCUGGACACCCGGACUGUCUGCGGGCCUCUUUUUCCCCUCCCCCCCUCCCCCUUCCAGUCAUCAUUUCAGGCUGAUCUCUUCAGCUCGGCAGCCGGUGUCCCUCUGCGCUCCCAGCCGACUGUCCACCUCGUCUCUCGGUCCACCGUCCAGAGUAUCCCCCCGGAGCUCUCUCGGCCCCUGCAGCCCGUGGCUCCGGCUGGGCUUCACGUCCUCCACCCUUCCACCAUGCGGUUUCUGUUGGAGAGCAGCUGGAUGAAGUUUGGACCGGCCGGCCGAGACUCUCUGGACUGGUCUCCUGGACCCUCGGCUCUGCCCUCCACCGACAGACAGGCACCGGGCCACAGCUCAGGUGAGGCCAUCAUCAGCGCCAGAUCCAUUGCCUACAUCACCAUAGCGACCGUCUCCUUCCUCCUCCUCCUCCUCUUCAGUGUUCUGGGCUUCCUGAUCUGGCGCCGCCGCCACGGCUUGGGCCUCGGCGGCAAACUGGGAUUGGCCAAUGUGAUCGCCCUGGAGGACCUGCAGGAUCCCGAGAGGAACUGCGAGCUGCUGUCGUCCAUCCGGCGCAGCAGGGGGGGGCAGCACCGGCGGCCCAGCUCCAGCUCCGAGCAGGACGCGACGGACGGCGUGUUCCUCAUGGUCUACCUGCCCUCGCCAUACGAACAGACGCUCACCAGGAUUGCCAGAGCAGCCAGCACGAGCAGCUCCAACAAGGACCUGGACCUGCUGCCGCCGAGUCCCGGGCCAGAGACAGGCUGCAGGGAAGGAGGACGAGAUGAGGCUGAAUGACGGAGAAACUCAGGACUGGAGCAGAGGCAGAAUACACAGGAUUUCAUUCAUAGCAUAGCCAAUGUUUUCCAAGACCUUCAUCUAGAUCUUGAGAUGAAAAAACACCCAGCUCUACGAAAGCCCUGAAAGGCAAGGUGGGAAAAAUAUAGAAGGCCAGAAAGUGUAUCUCCUACGUAGGAGAUAGGAUCUUAACCCUUGUGUCGUCUUACGAUCAAAACUGAAAAUCAACACUUUUGUUGACACUUUGCAAUGUUUUUAACUUUUUCUUAUGUUUUUGUCCCUUUUUUUUCAACACUUUUUUCAAUGUUGGUCACGUUUUCAACAUUACGUAACACUAACUUUUUGACUUUAGUUUUACAGUUAUUUUGGGAAUUUCUGUUCAACAAACC